AUUUUGUUGCGUUGGUUGUUUCACGAGGAGCUUCAAAUAAGAUUGGGUCCAAGGUUUCAGACCAUCCGAUCCCAGGAACGUCAAGGGCCCGAGACUGUGGCUGAGCUCGUGACCGAGCCCCAGGCAGUUCCGGAUUGGCGCCCCCGGAUAUAGCCUCCAUGCUCAGGAGGGCUGAUUGAAAGACGUCUGACCUCAUUGGGAAGAGAGAAGCCGGAUUUGGGGGGGAGGGGGGGAUGGCCAUGGCCGACACGAGUGUGGUGGUGUUGAGUUCGGACGACGAGACGGCGGCCAACAUUCCACCACCGGACUCAAUGUCCAGCCAAAUUCAGACCACUGACUCGCUGCCGGGAGCUGGAGCACCUACGCAAGAGACCCACCCCUCGAAGGCCUCGUCGUUGGUCAAAUGCGAACCUCCCAGUGAUUUGGUUUCGGUCACUAAAAACAAAGGUACCAAAUCCACCUCUGCCAAGUCUGUUAAAGCCCAAAAAGACCCUCAAUUACACAUUUCUAUCGCCAAAGUGUAUUCGCUAUGUGGUCAAAGCAACGGUACUGAGGUGAAAAUAGUGGUCCCUGAGAAGAAGAAAACCGCGUCCUAUCAAUCUCGAGUUAGGCCCAAGUCGAGCAUGAAACGAAGCUUGGUCCAAUCCAUGGAACCCGAGAUAAUUUGCCUCGAUGAUGAUGAUACAAACCAGGGCAGUGAAGACCUAGCUGGUCAUCCACUGCUUGUGGCUCGCCCGCCUCAAAAGAUUCGAAAAUUGACACCCACCGGAUCUGUUUCAUCUGAUAUUCAAAGUUCAAUCCCUCCGGCGAAAAUUGUCCCCUGCAACCAAUCCAAGACCGUCAAAACUGAGAUUGAUUUACCGCCCAUCCACCAAAUCGCUUUAGGCAAUGUGAGUAUUCAUCCCAUCGUUGUGUUGGAUGGCGAUGAUGAAGAGCCAAUGCCGAAAAGUGAAGACGACUUGAAACCGCCUGCUCCUUUUGAUCCGGUGGAAAAUGCCAUUGAAGCGUGUCGCUUAGUUCUACCUACUGACGAGUUCACGUCUGUCGUUAAGAAAUUUAAGAAGCGGAUCAAAAAUAUUCCUCCAGGUCUUCUUGAGAACGAAAAAUUCGCAAAAUUUGUUCAGGAGCGGGAAACAAAAAUUAGAUCAGACUCGAAAAAUAUUUACAUUCACAUCAAAGAACUCUUGGAUGAGCUCAAGAGAGUAGGUUGUUCUGGUUCCAAGACUGACACCAAACGACGAAUCAUCCCCGAGUCGAUUCCAAAUGGCAAAGAGCAAUCACAAGUGACAACUACCGUUCCAGGAGAUGAUGAGCCAGUACCUUCAACCUCAGCCUCGAUCUCUGUCGAUACCGUACCUGAAAAAUCCUUGACCAAAACGAAGGAGGUGUCUUCAUCUCAUUUGUUAAAGCUAACCGAAGCCCAAAAGAAACUCCACAAGGCUAUUACACGAUUGGAAGAGUCAGAGUGUGAUUUAGAGGCUGAUGAAGACUCAAACUACCUCAAAUUGAGCCGCUUCAAAGCCCGAUUCCUCAAAAUCAACCGAAAGAUAGCCGAAUGUCUCAAACUAAACCCAACCCUGGAACGUCGCCAAGAUAAACGAUUCAAGUGUCAAGGAAGUCGAAUCUUGGAAGUCAAUGUCAAGAUUGAGAAAUGGGUGAACCGGGCUAAAAAAGCCAACCGAGAGUUCUUUCCGGACUUUGCCGACAUUGUCAAACUCAUCGAAUCUGUCAAUCAAGAGAAAAAUUUGUGUUUAUCAAAAAGCCAAAUCUUAGACGAAGCCAAAGAGUCAUUCAUUGCAGUAGGUCGAACGUUGAAAGCCCAAAGAGUUCAUGAUGACAUGGAAGAUCUUGAUUCCUAUCUGUCUGAAGACAUCCUUCCAAUGACAGAUGAGCCCGAAGAUUUGAAGCGGCAAUUAGAUGAGAAUCUUCAAUUGGGCAAAGACAACCUCAAUCGGGUGUUUGACGACUUUGUCAGAAAAGAAGUGGAUUCUGGCGAAAAGCCGGAGGAAGUGCAAGAUGAGGAUGUUGAUAAUGAAAGCUCUAACGAAAUAAACAACUCUGGUCAAGAAGACAUGGAGCAUGAGGUUAGCAGUGAGGCUACGACGGAAAACCCAACGGUUCUUGAAGAACCCACUUCGAAAGCCGAUUUGUCUGCCCCUUUGGAGAAAACGUCUUUCGAGGAUACCAAUCCGAUUAAGUCUAACUAGGUUCUAUGUUCCUCCCACGAACCUGCAUUUAAAUACACAAUAAUAUACGCGACUCUGAAUUGUGUGAAAUGUGAAGUAUCACACGAAAUCAAGCUCUUUUCACGAUUUUUCUA